AUGGACAUGAAACGUGAUAUCUUAUUUGAUGGUGCAAAACGUGAUUCGUUAUUGGCUGGUGGUGCGGCGUUGUGUGUAUUCAUCCUUGUAUUCCUCUAUUCGCUGAAUCUGCUGUUUUGUUUUGCCGUAACCAUUAUGUUGGCAGCAUCGGUCCUAUGCGCGUUGUCGAUUUAUGCGCUCUUCACCUCAGAAUUUCCCCUCCUGAAUCUGGUCGUUUUCGUGUUGAUGCUGGCGAUUGGAUCAGACGAUGCGUUCUUGCUGUUGAAUUCAUUCCCGAGAAAGGACAAAGUCUCGGCCGAAUCCAUACAUUCAUGUCUAUCGCACACAGCCGCUACUAUGUUACUGACAUCGUCAUCGACAGCGGUACCAUUUCUGACGAAUAUCAUCAGUAGUGUGGUGGUGUUUAGGUGA